AUGUCGACAUUCAACGGCCUCGUGGCCGAAUUCCCCGACAUUCGAGGCAAUGUCUACUGUUCUGCCGCCACCAAGGAGAUGCUGCUGCGCCUUGAGAGGUACCCUUGCCGGAUCAACUAUGCCAGGGGCAUUUUGGAGGCACGCGUUCAAAAGUACCGCCAUCUCAGGAACCUGUUUAAACCCAUACCCCUGAAUACACCAACACUUCUUGAACUCGAGCCCGAAAAUCAUCUACAGGUCACUUUGCUGGAUGCCAAUCAUUGCCCAGGUGCCGUCAUGUUUUUGUUCGAGGGCCAAGGCAAGGCCGUCCUCUACACUGGAGAUGUUAGAGCCGAGCCAUGGUUUGUCAACGCGAUUGCUCGAUCGCCAUCUCUGAUCGAAUACUCUUCCGGACUCAAAACCAUAGACACAAUAUAUCUCGACACGUCCUUCAUAGAUGAUGUUGAGUUUCCCACGAAAUCCGAGGGUAUCAGCGAGUUGCUUCGCAAAGUCUCGAGAUAUCCUAGCGACACCAUCUUUCAUCUCCAGGCCUGGACGUACGGGUACGAAGACGUGUGGCUCGCUCUCUCAAAAGCCCUAGGCUCUAAGGUCCACGUUGACGAGUACAAAUUACUCAUGUACCGCUCACUGGUGGCGACACAUUCUGACGCCAAGUUUGCGCCCUCUUCACAUCUCACCCCUGAAGCACCUGCAUUGGUUGGUUUCAGGUGUGGCAACACCCAGCAUUCCGGAUGCCUGACCCUCGAUGAGACUGUCCGGAUUCACAGUUGCGAAAAGGGCAAUUACUGUUCCACUGUGAGAAAUCAUCCAGUUGUUUGGAUCCGUCCCAUCAUUACCCGACUUCCCGACGGUCAAGAUGUACUAGAAGUUGGUGUUGGGGGAGGGGCCCAGGAUCUGGAGCGGGAAGCAGAGCUUGACUACCUCACUCCGGGUGACGUAAAGGCGCUCAUGGAAGCGCUGGGCGAUGUCGAUUGUAUCUCCAACGAUCUGCGCGAACGGCUCGGUCAGUUCCUUCUCGGGGCUAUCGCUAGCGGCCGUAAGGUCCCUAUUGAACUGAAGAGUACCGCCUUCCGGGAUAGCAACGAAACAGAACUCAUCAACGGUCUGCAAGGAAUAGCAAGCAAGCUCAAGAUGCGUAGCGAACGUCUUUCAACAAACCAGUACCAACCGCUCCCGAACAUCAUCACGUUCCCGUACUCCCGCCAUUCUUCUUAUCCAGAACUCUGCCGUUUUGUUAGUAAAUUCAAGCCCAGGGAUGUGUGGCCUUGUACGGUCGAUGUCCCCCGGUGGUUGCGUGAAGGCAUCACAGUCGAACAACUCUUUUCGCCGCAUUGCUCUGGAGAUGAAUUUCGGCACGACCAAGCCAUGACAGAGCGGUUUAAGAAACAUGAUCUUGACGUUCCCGUCAGUUUGAACAGCCAGAGCGCUGCCUCGGUGAGCAAUGCGGGCCUUUCCACCCAAUCUUCUGCGUCAGUACCAGAUCGCCACAGAGAGCCAUCGACGCCUUUAGAAGCAGAUGUUGAUCCUACAAGCCUUCAAGAUUCGCAAGACUCGACCCUUUCAGACUUUGCCCUUGAUACUCGCCUGCAAGCCUUCCGAACCGUCCUCGACAACGCCAAGGGCAGAGUCGGAGGGGAGGUGCGGCUGCUGUCAACAACCGAUCACCACUCCACAAUAGAACCCGAGCUCGGUCUCGAGGUGACCCAAACGUCCAGUUCUGGGGGUCCAUCAACAUGA